AUGAGCCAGGAGAUGAAAUUGGGCAUAAACUCAGAGUACAGUAGAGUAGAUGUUACAGCCUCAAAACGAAGUGAUGAACUUCUUUCAUCAGUGGAUCAAUCUUCCAAAAGAAGUCUUUUGUCGGACCAGUCUACUGAUGUUGCCAAUUCAACAUUCACUGGAUACACAAGACACACUACAGCGACUGUUUCAGCCUCUGCGAGAAACGCAGUCUCUGGAAGCUACAGCCUAAGCCCAACACGACCAACAGGCAAUGUCAGGAGAAGAAAACCUAGUAACUCGUCACACGUAAAGGGUCGUUUCAAAACAACAUCAAAUCUUCCGCCACUAGAUUUUGGUGCUGUAGGGCUGGUCGGCAGAGAUACCGAAAUUGCGACGCUAAAAUUCUGCUACGACCGUCUGGUGAAGGAAGGAAGAAAGGAACUUAUACUGGUAGGAGGUCAAUCUGGGGUUGGGAAGUCAAGUGUCAUCCGAAGCAUGGAAAAUUACGUCCCAGUGGAAGGCCUAUUUGUGGGAGGCAAGUUCGAUAUGAAUACUAGCAACGAACCUUACUCUGGAGUGGCAGUAGCCUUUGGCGCUAUGUGCCGGACGAUCAUGGAAGCAGGACCCGAUGCAAUUGCGGACCUUCACCAGGAUCUGCGGAAAGAGCUGGGGGACAAGUCGGGAAUGUUGAUUCAGCUGAUUCCUGAACUAAAUGAUAUCAUGACCGUCGACACUGCAAAGGACCCAAACGUCGGAUCCAUUGACAGAGUGGACGAGACGGACGGUGGAGUCGAUCGUCUUAGAUUCGCAUUUCGAGUGCUGGCCCGAGUCUUCAGCGCUGUCUUCUCGCCCCUAGUCUUGUUUUUGGACGACCUUCAGUGGGCGGACGUGUCAUCACUCCAAGUAUUGGAAUAUUUAAUUUCCGAUGCUCACAAUGAUAAUCCUCUCAUGAUCAUUGGAAGUUACCGAUCGGAAGAAGUAGAUGAGAACAGUAUGCUCCACAACAAAAUGGCAGUGCUUCGAGAAAAGACCGACAGAUUUCGAUUUCACAUGACCGAGCUGAUGAUCGAGUCUUUUAGCCUUAGCGACGUUGAAAAGGUGAUCGCUGCAGUAUUACCAUCAUUAAGGGCUGAUCACACAGUUGGACUUGCCGUUUUGUGCCACCAGCGAGCCCUCGGCAAUCCAUUUUUCACGAUUGAAUUUCUCAAGAUACUUCAUUUCGAAGGGAUGCUGGCAUUCGACCGCAAAACAAAUACUUGGUCAUGGAAUCUUUCCGAGAUUCGAAAAGAGACCGUGUCCGCUGCGAACGUUGUGGUGAUGCUUGAACAGCAGCUAAGGAAGCUUCCAGAGCAAGUGCAAGCGCUUUUGCAGUGUGCAGCCUAUCUCGGUUCGUCCUUCAGCGAACCGACAAUCGAUCUUGUUUGGAGUGUCUAUGGGCGAAGAAUUGUGGAGAAAAGAACGGAACCUGUCUCGUCCCUUCUACAACUUGUUGUUUCUGAAAGCAUAUUUGAGACGAGCGAAAAGCAACAGUAUCGAUGGGCACACGACAAGCUUCGAGAAGCUGCACUUUCUCUGUCAGAUACGCGUCGAGAUACCUUUCAAUUGGAUAUUGGAAAAACUUUGUACUAUGGACUUACCAAGGAGCAAGUUGAAGAAGACCUAUUUACAAUCGUUGACCUCAUCAACAAUGGUAACACAUUGAAGCGACCAGAGUUUGCACCCGUGAACCUGAGAGCAGCGGAAAAGGCACGUGACAUCUCGGCAUUUCAGGCUGCCAGCGAGUAUGCUUCUGAGGGUAUUAGUCUCUUACGGGAAACCGUUUGGGAUAAACACAAGUCGCAAGCUCUGAGCCUGUAUACUAUUGGAGCUGAAGCGGAACUCGUACUCGGGAAUGUCACAGCUGCUGAGGGAUACCGCGAGAUGGUGCUCUCUCGAUCUGACCUUUCGACUCUAGAGAUGCUACCAUUACAGAUCGGCAAAGCCAAGGCAUUGGGUGACGUUGAACUAAAGUCGAAGGAGGCAUUGGAAUACUGCCUCAGACUAUUGAAAAAACUGGGUUGUCGGCUGACAUGGAUCAGGCCAGUGGCCCUUCCUCAAGCCGCUAUGAGAGCAAUCCGUACAAUCAAGAAAGCAAAAGCAAAGCCCCAAAGCUUCUACGAAUCCAUGGUAACCUCUGAUAACACGAAACAAAAAUACAUUGCCUAUUUGCUUUCAAAGGCGGCAUACAAUGCAUACACCACUGGGGACACAGCAAUGUACCUCUUGACCACUGUCAAGUUGGUUGAGUUGACGAUGGAGUUUGGAGUGAAUGAAUUUUCAGCUACUACCUUUACCUUUUUGUCCAUCUUGUCGAUUGUCGUACUGAAGGAUUAUGAGGCAAUGGAACGGUUCCAAAACAUUUCACUUUUCAUGGUAAAGAAGUUCCGAGGAAUGCAUGCUUCCGAGGCCAUCUUUGUUGGUGUCCAUAUGGGUCUCCUUUGGGUGAAGCCACUCGAAUCCGGCCGCACUAUGGCUACAGAAGCAAUCGUUGCAGGAAGAAGAGAAGGCGACAUGGUGUACACUAAUUGGUCCAUUGCAUGUCAUGUUAUACAUCUUCCAUACACUACAGGACGUCCACUACAAACAAUUCUAGAAGGCUGUCCUAACAUCUUGGCUGAAUUCGAAGAGACCAAAGCCAGAGCCCAUAUCUUGAGUACAAAGGCAUACUAUCAAAUGAUUCUAAAUCUGAACGACCCUUUGUGUGAGAAGCCAAGUGUGCACAUCGGUGAGAUUUAUGCCGACACAAAGGAGGAUCACGACGGGAAUUUCGUUCAUUUGGCCGACAAGCUACUCGCAGAGGGAGAACUGAUUUUCUGGCACGAAGAGUACGAGGUCAGUGCCAAACGAGCACUUCAGGUAGGAGAGUCCCAUGCAAAGUUGGCCCCAGCCAUUUAUUUGAACCAGAUUGAAUCAUUUCAUCGUGCAGUUGCUCUGUACGCUGCCGCCAUCAAAACGAAGAGGGGCAAGUACAAGCGCGCUGCAAAUAAGAUCAGAAAGAGGAUAGCAACGCUGGCGCAAUACGAAAAUACCACUAUCCAGUACUACAACCUGUUUCUAUCGGCUGAGUAUCUUACAUUGCAGAAGAAGCACAAAGAGGCGAAGUUGAAGUAUGAGCAAGCCCUUGAAGCGGUGGGGAAAUUGUGUCAUCUCCACCAUCUCGGGCUGUUGAACGAGCGAUAUUCAGAUUUCCUUCAAUGGGAGCUUUCGUUGCAGAAAGAAUCAAGGUAUCGGUUAGAACAAGCUAUCGAAUACUAUAGGGAAUGGGGGGCUGUUCACAAGGUGAAAGCUUUGGAAUCUAGGCUGUAG